AUGGAUUCACUCGUUGAACUAUGGAUACACACCAACCAAAACCCACUUGAUUCAAUACUUGAUGAGUUCAGGGUCAAGUAUAAUCUUCAUAAUAAUCAAAUUACUGUAAUCUGCGAAUUGAUAAGUGAUUUGAGGGCCCAUAUCAGGAAGUUCAGACACUUCGCCGCUAUUACGGCUCUUCACAGUCAGCUAGACUCCUUAAUUACCCAGAUAAUCACCAAGAAUGUCCCUGCCUCAGAAUUUGAAGAAUUAGUCGCUUCGAUCUACAAACCUGCCAGUGAUCGUAAAAUUUGGCACAUCGUCAUCAAUAUCGCCAAUCGCUUCGUCGGAGAACGUCCAACAGUCGGGCCAGUCACAAAAAUACCUCUCAUGACAACUACGUUCUCAUGGGCUAAUAACUUUCAAUACGAUUCAGAAAUGCUACACUACGCCGAAAGAGUCGCUUCUCUCCCAAUAGUUCUCAAAUCCGAACUCACUGGUAUGAUAUUCAGAUACGUCGAUAAUUUCUGGGAGGAACAUUUCGAAAAUAAAACAUGGUCUGACUUGACGAGACGCAUUUGGGAAAACUUCCACGAAAAUAGACAAUGUGGAUCCGAUAACUUGUUCUGGGUCAAAAUGAACGAAGAAGCGAAGCGAAGCUGGCUACACGCGUUCCAAGAUCGUUUCCCAAAUCAUCUAUUGACCCCAAUGGAUAAUGCAGAAGAGGACCUCCUCGACGUGUGUAGAAAGCGGGAAGAUCCUUUUCUGCCGGGCAAAUUUUCUCAUAACAUUCCAGAUAAACAACAUGCUGGCGUUCUCAGAGUACGGCAAAUUGACUUUUUGGUUGAGAGCUCUGAUAUCGCUGAGAGUAUGGAGCAUAAAUGGAGGGACGUCAGAGUUGUGGGCGAAUUAGCUUCGUCAAGGUCUCAAUUAGGUAAAAGUAAGUAUCAACUAAUGAGGUGCAUGAGAGAAAUAUUCUACGGGCAGCCACUUCGUCGAUUUGUGCAUGGGCUCUGUGUGUACCAAAACUAUGUCGAGUUCUGGAUUGUCGAUCGGGCGGGCGCAUACAACUCGGUCAAAGUGGACAUGACGAAAAGUCAAGAAAAACUGAUACGAGGCCUAUCCUCGUAUAUGCUCAUGAGUGACAAAGAACUUGGGCUAGAUCCAAUUAUCAGUCACGAUGAUGUUGAUCAACGUUUCAUCACAAUUUCAGGAGACCAAAAACUACGAAAACAAAUCAAGGUUUACCCUGUACCUAUAGCUCGACCAGGAACUAUAGGCUCACGAGGGAAUGCGUGCUACAUGAAGGACAAUAUGCAACUGAUGAAGUUUUCUUGGUGCUCUGAUGCAAAGCAAAUUAAAACCGGAAAUUCAGAACCUGACAUAAAUCCGUCCGGCAUUGUCCGGUUGAAGAGGUCUUUGGAUAUAUCCGAAGUCGAGACUCGCCAAAAGAGGAUUAAGAUUUCAAGGGGUCAAAAAUCGAAUACUAAUAGCAGUGAAAAAUAUCUCUCCCGUGGAACUACGAUAAAUUUACCGUCCAGGAAAUAUUCCAUUAACCGUGAACUCACGCUCGCCAUACUUAAGCCAUCGUGUCGCCCCUUUAGGUCUUCAACGGUCCGGGAGUUUAUCGUAGGCAUACGUGAUGUCAUUAUUUGGCAUCGUAAUUUAUAUCAAAAAGGGAUAGUUCUUGGUGAUGUUACAGCAGGAAAUAUCGUUCAGACCAGGUCUAAUGAAAUGGGCGCGAAAAAAGGGUUUCUUAUUGACUUCGACUUAAUUUCGUUGCGUCAAUACAAUGAAAAAUAUGAUCUAAUGAAAUCUUUAUCACGUCCCAUCCAGUACUUGGCACUGGAACUUUUACAUAGUAUAGCUGGACAUGACUUCUCCCAAAAAAAAACCUAUCGUCAUGAUCUCGAAUCAUUUUUUUACGUUCUCAUAAUCGGAUGCAUGAGUUAUGGUCGUGACUCGAUUCCCAAGCAUCUGAAGAGCUGGUCAUCCGACAGAAUCCUCACCAGUCUCUCCAAGAAGCAUGCCCAUGUAGUAAUAGAUUUUGAAGAAAAAAUCAUAAGCUAUUUUAUGCCGAAGUUUGAAGGUGUCAAGGAACUAGCACGGACAUUCCAUCAUAUUCUGUUUGGAGAUAGACAUGUAAGCUAUGGAUCGCCGAGAAAUCAUAAUGUACUUUAUGGUCCAAUAAUUACUGCCUUUAACGACACUAUUAGAAGACUCGAAUGUAAGAAAUAUUUUCCAUACAAAUCCAAUCACUGUCCACUUUUUUUGCAGAGUUGCUGA